AGCGGUGCGGGGCCGAUGCUGCGGGGGGCCGCGCUGCUGCCCCGCGCCCUGGGCGGCGGCUGCUGCUGCGGGACCCGCGGCUGGGCGGGCGCGGCGGGCGGCGGGUCCCUCCCGAGGGCCGCCCCGGGGCUGCCGCCGGGCCGCGCCUGGGACAGGGACCGGCCCGCGGCGGUGGCGGCGGUGCCGCCGGGCGCCCGCGGGCUGCGCUGGGCCGGUAAACUAUGCCAACAUGCCCCCACAGAGACCUCCCAGGCCACCCUGGCCAGCGUAUCUCCUGUUUUUGCAGUGAUGAAGUUUGACAAAGAGGGAAAUACUACCUAUUUUGAAAAGAAGAAGACAGAGUUGUACCAGGAAUUGGGUCUUCAAGCACGAGAUCUAAGAUUUCAGCACGUAAUGAGCAUUGCAACUAGGAACAAUAGAAUCAUCAUGAGAAUGGAGUUCUUGAAGGCUGUCAUAACACCAGAGUUUCUGCUGAUACUAGAUUAUCGUAAUUUGAGUCUGGAACACUGGCUCCUCAGUCAACUAGCAUCUCAGCUGGCUGGGGAAGGUCAACUAGUUACAUAUUCUCUGCCCUUUGAAUUCCGAGCCAUAGAAGCAAUCCUGCAGUACUGGAUCAGCAAACUGCAGGGGAGACUUAACACUUUGCAGCCUCAGAUCCUUGAGACACUGGAAGCUCUAGUGGACCCCAAGCUUUUAUCUGUGGAUAGGAGUAAACUACACAUUCUCCUGCAGAAUGGCAAGAGCUUGUCAGAACUGGAAACAGAUCUUAAAGUUUUCAAAGAAACAAUUCUGGAGAUCUUAGAUGAAGAAGAAUUAAUAGAAGAGCUCUGUCUAUCUAAAUGGACUGAUCCACAAGUAUUUGAGGAGAGUAUAUCUGGGAUUGACCAUGCAGAGGAGAUGGAGCUACUGUUGGAGAAUUACUACAGACAAGCAGAAGAUCUUGCAAAUGAAGCUCGUGAACUCAGAGUACUGAUUGAUGACUCAGAAAGCAUCAUCUUUAUCAACCUGGACAGCCACCGUAAUGUGAUGAUGAGGCUGAACUUGCAGCUGACUAUGGGAACUUUCUCCGUCUCUCUCUUUGGCCUCAUAGGAGUUGCAUUUGGUAUGAACCUGGAGUCGUCUCUUGAAGAGGACCCCAGGAUAUUUUGGCUGGUGACGGGGAUUAUGUUUCUGGGAAGUGGUCUGAUAUGGCGACGCUUACUUUCCUUCCUUGGGCGGCACCUAGAACCUCCACUACCUCCUCACGUUUCUGCAGUUUUGAAAAAAUCCCAACCAUCAGCUGGAAGAGUGGAGAUAAAGAACAGCCUUAAAGCAGAAACAUUUGGGCUGAGCAGAACAUUACCAAACCAAUAGGAACAUAAGGAAUUAAGAGACUUCUGUUGUUACAGGGUGGACUUUGGACACUUUCCUUGCACUCGUUCUUCCUUACUGAAAACUACAAGAAUUUCUAAACUUACUAAUUUAAAAUAUAUUUUGUGCCAAAAAAAGUACAGUGAGAUUUUUAAUUCUUACACGCGAAAGGAGAGGAACACCAGGGAAAACAGCAACAUGCUUUACACAGUAGUCUAAUCUCCACUCCAUGUGUGUGCCACUAGUUUUCUGUAUCACAUACAUAUUUUUUGGGCAUUCUCAUUUUAUGUGUUUCUGUCAAAUACUUCUUUGCUUAAUGGCCCUUCUUACAGAGAACAGAAUUUUUUUCCUUAAAGGAUGACAGCAGUCAGCAUUCAUCAAGUAUUCUGGGUUCUGAGCUGCAGAUUAAGGAAUCAGACUUCAAAUGUCAAAGAAAAAUCCACCCCAAGAGUGGAUUUUUAAAUGGAUUUUUAAGGCCCUAUUUAAUUGCAGAGAACAGAUUUUCCAAAGCAAAAAGCAUACCUGCAUCUUUUGUGAAGCAUGACUACUGAAUUGGCAGCAACCAGAAAUAACAGUUUCCCUUAUUUUACAUGAGCAAUAACAGGCUUUGAAAUGUAGCUACAUAUCUUGGUUAUUCCCUAACAAUUAAUUUAGGCCCAAAACAUGCAGUUUUAGGAACAGGGAAAGCAGACUUAUGGAUAAUGCCCACUUGUGUUUGCCAUCUGAUAAUAUUUCAACCAUGCAUUGAUACAGCUGCAGUUUAACAACUCCUCCUGUUGUCACAAGGACUGAUUCAAAUUCUGCUAAAAAUCAUCAGCUGGGUUGUUAGUUUCUGCUAACUGGGCUAUGCUCUCUCUCUUCUCUCCAAGACAAAUGAUGGACUAGCCUGCACCACAGUAAGUAGGCAGGUUAGUAAAGGGUGUGGAAGCCUGGUAUCCUGUGAUGGACUGAAGGAAGGAAUAGAAGCCUUAUGCCCACUGUUUGUGUUUUUUCUUAGCACUUCUCUCUGAGGGCAUAUUUCUCCACUGGUUUCUCUCAGUCCAUAGAGGGAGCAUGAAAUCCUUUUAAAGGAAGUAAUAAACUGCCCAUUUCUUGUUUAGGUCUUUUUAACCUUGCUGUAACAGUGAGCAGCUCCUUAGGUGCCACCAGAUAAGUCACUGUACUGGCAGGAGUUGGAAAAACAAUAACUGUAGCUGUGAACAUUUUUACUUGGGACUAUUGAGUCAAAGAUGAAAAUAAAAAGGUACAUAAAGUUGUGCAAGCCUGUGAUGCUAGUUUGAUUAAAAUCAGUUGUAUGUAAUUAUUUUCAAACAGUUCUUUCUCUGUAUGUGACUUUCAACGACAGAUACAAAAGGCACAAGAAGGUGAGAAAGUUAAUGGGGUUUGUAAUGUUUUUGAGUUUUUUAGCUGAAUUUUUUUGCAGUCUUUUGGCUUAGCGGGUGAAGCUGUAAAAACGCUCUAAACUGAACAAUCCAGUAGAAGAACCAAGGGCUCAUAUACCUUGGCUGACAGCUCAGUGUGUGAAAAGGCAUGGAUGCUGAUGUUUUCAACCGAGUUGUAGUUGCAUGAGGCCAGAACUGAAAUAUGUGGGUGCAGCUGUUUGAGAAGCUUUCACAUAAGCUUUUGUGCAGAGAGGUUUCUGUGAACUCCUUUUGACUCCUUUUCCGGUACAUAACUGACUUAAAGCACAAUAAAAGCACAGAGAGAAAGACAGGUCUUUUACAAGACUGCCUUUUCUCUCUACAGACAUA